AUGGUUUCUUCACCUGGAUUUUCAUUGCCCCAGGAAUCUCAUUUUGAGGGUCUAAAGGCAGCAGAGAGAAGAUACGUGGCGCUGGGAAGAAACAUCAGCACGAUGAGCAAUUUCAUCCUCUUGGGAUUUUCAGAACAUCCAGCGCUGCAGGUUGUCCUCUUUGUGUUGUUUCUGGGGACCUACUUCAUGACUCUGGCUUGGAACCUGGGUCUCGUUGUCCUGAUCGGCAUGGAGUCACACCUCCACUCCCCCAUGUAUUUCUUCCUUGGUAACUUGUUCUUUGUUGAUAUUUCAUAUACUUUGUCCAUUGCCCCUAUGAUGCUGGGUGAUUUCUUCAAGGAGCAGAAGACCAUCUCCUUUGUGGGCUGUGCUGCUCAAUUUUCCUUCUUCAUUGGGAUGGGAGGCACUGAGUGCUGCCUCCUGGCGGCCAUGGCCUAUGACCGGUAUGCUGCCACCUCCAGCCCUCUGCUCUACACAGCCCUCAUGACACCCACCGUCUGUGUGGGGAUGGCCAUUACUGCGUACGCUGGAGGAUUCCUCACUGGAUUGAUCCAGACCAGCUCUGUAUUCCACCUCCAUUUCUGUGGGCCACAAGUCAUUAACCACUUUUUCUGUGACCUGCCAGCUCUGCUGCUCUUGUCUUGUUCUGGUACCUUCCUCAGCCAGGUAGUGAACUUUCUUGUGUGUGCAGUGGGGGGCACAUCAGCUCUUGUUGUCCUGGUCUCCUAUGGCUACAUCAUUGCUGCUGUCAUGAAGAUCCCUUCAACCCAAGGGCAGACAAAGGCUUUCAACACCUGUGCCUCUCAUCUGACCACAGUGAUUCUCUUCUAUGGCUCUGGGCUCUCCUCCUACCUUCACUCUAGUUCUGGCUACUCACUGGACGAAGAUAAGGUGGUGUCCUUGUUCUAUGGAGCUGUGAUUCCCAUGCUGAACCCCAUCAUAUAUAGUUUGAGAAACAAGGAUAUCAAAGAUGCAUUGAAAAAACUCAAGGAAAGAAGCAGACACCCUCUCUGUGUCUUAUAG